AUGGCUAGGGAUAGAUUCAAUGAGUCUGAUCUGCAUGAUGUAAGGAUACGUCUUAUUGGAAGUCGCAAUUAUGAUUCUAGACAAUAUAACUUACCUGAUACUACUGAAGUUGCUGCUAUUAUUGUUGGAGAUUUAAAUACUGAAAAUUGUGAAACGGAUAUUAUUGUUGAAAACCAGAGUUCAGGAUUGCAGCGUAUAUAUGGAAGUCAUCCGAGCUAUAUGGCUUUACAUUAUCCAUUGCUUUUUCCUUACGGUGAGGAUGGGUAUAGAUCUGAUAUACCUUAUAAGAAUUUUGAUGGAACAAGAUCUAAAAAAAGAGAAUCAAUAACAAUGAGGGAAUAUUAUGCUUUUAGACUUCAACAAAGAUCUCAUGAAGGUAACACAUUGUUGCUUGGUGGAAGGCUUUUUCAACAAUUCAUAGUCGAUGCCUAUACUUCCAUUGAAGAGGAAAGAUUACAAUGGGUAAGGCAAAACCAAUUGAAAUUAAGAUCUGAACUAUAUGGUGGGCUUAAAGAUGCUGUGCUUCGUGGUGAUACAAAUCCAAAAACAGUUGGAAAGCGGAUCAUCUUACCUUCCUCUUUUACUGGAAGCCCAAGAUACAUGGCUCAGAAUUAUCAAGAUGCAAUGGCUAUAUGUAGAAGGGUAGGAUAUCCAGAUCUGUUUAUGACAUUUACUUGCAAUCCAAAAUGGUCUGAAAUCACACAGUACUUGGAAAUUAUAAAAGGCCAAAAUGUUGGGGACCGACCAGAUAUUGUAACAAGGGUUUUUAAAAUAAAGUUGGAUGAAUUAUUACAUGAUUUGAGGCAUGAAUCUCAUUUUGGAAGAGUCAUUGCAGUAGUAUACACAAUCGAAUUUCAGAAAAGAGGUCUUCCGCAUGCACAUAUUCUCCUUUUCUUGGAUCCAAAAGAUAAGUGCCCAAGCCCAGCAGACAUUGACAGUAUUAUUACAGCAGAAAUACCAGAUCCACAUAAAGAUCCAAUUGCUUAUGAAGAUGUAAAACAGUUUAUGAUGCAUGGGCCAUGUGGAUAUGCAAACCCAAGAUCACCUUGUAUGGUUAAUGACAUAUGUACAAAACAUUUUCCAAAAAAAUUUUAUGAAGAGACAACUAUCGAUGAAGAAGGUUUCCCCGUUUAUAGAAGAAGAAAUGAUGGGAAGACAAUAGUAAAAAAUGGAAUUACUUUGGAUAAUCGGUAUGUUGUGCCAUAUAAUGUAGACUUACUGGUAAAGUACCAGUCACAUUUGAAUGUGGAAUGGUGCAAUAGAUCUCGAUUGAUUAAAUAUUUAUUUAAAUACAUAAAUAAGGGACCAGAUAGAGUCACAAUUGUUUUACAAGAAAAUCUGCCAGGUACUGAUAAUGACGAACAACAACCAAGCAUUGUUGUUGAUGAGACCAAAGCAUAUUUGGAUUGUAGGUAUAUUUCAGCUUCUGAAGCAUGUUGGAGAAUAUUUGAAUUUCCGAUUCAGUUUCGAAAUCCACCAGUUGAAAGAUUAAACUUUCAUUUAGAAAAUGAAAAUCCCAUUAUAUAUCCAGAAAAUGCAAAUUUGAACAACAUUUUACAAAGGCCAGGAAUCAAAGACACAAAAUUUACUGAAUGGAUGAAAACUAAUGAAGCUUUUGAAGAUGCUCGUGAGUUAACUUAUGCUGAAUUUCCUACAAAAUGGGUAUGGCAUCAAAAUGUUAAGCAAUGGAAACGAAGAAAAGGUAGAAAAUGUAUUGGAAGAGUAUAUAAUGCUCACCCUUCAAGUGGAGAUCGAUUUUAG